UGGAGGAAGCUCUUGGCCACCAUGCUCGUACAGCAGAUCCUCUAGUACGACCGACUUACUCCCAGAUUCUAUAUAGUUGGUAUAUCAGACGGGGAGACUACCGUGAAGCGGCCAGCGUCAUGUACCAACGGGCACGCAUACUUGGGUCCCAAAACAAGGCCGACGCAGACUCCAGAUUUUUCAUCUUGACAGAACAAGCAGACUCUUAUAUCAUUGCCAUCAACGCUCUAUGUCUACUGGAUUCACGAGAUGCUUGGAUUAGCCUCCCUGUCUCCCCCGAUUCUGGACAAGUCCCAUUCGAGUGGAGGGAAUUAAACUUUGGUGGUUUUGUACCAGAAGGGAAUUAUGCGACAGGCAGUCGAGACUGCGAAAUCAUCGAGCUAGAUGACAUGAGAAAAGAGUACGAACUCUGCCGUUCCAGGAGGGAGCUCCUCAUCGCUACAUUACCAUACAUGGGGCGACACCCAAUAGAAUCUGACUUCAAUCGCUCGCCCAUGGAAAUCCUGCAUCUUUAUUGUAAUAUCGGAAUGUUUGAACAAGCACUCGGUACCGCAAGAAUUUUCCAAAUGGAUAUGACGGUAAUAUUUACUAUGCUUGUGGACAUGUGUCUACUAUUGACCAAAAGUGGCGAGGCAGCAAU